AUGGUGCGCGUCUUCAUCACCGGUUCGACCGACGGCAUAGGCCAAAAGACAGCCAAGCUGCUCUCCGAUCAAGGCCACCAAGUAGUCCUGCACGCACGCAACGCCGCGCGCGCGGACUCAGUUCGUGCGACCGUCCCCGGCGCUGCGGGCAUCUUAAUCGGUGACUUAUCAUCCAUCGCUGAGACCAAGAAACUUGCCUCGGAUGCCAACGCUUCUGGCCCGCCAUUCGAUGCCAUCAUUCACAACGCAGGCAUAGGCUACGGCGGAACAUCAUCAACGUUGAUCACCCCCGAUGGCCUCUCUGCUGUGUUUGCCGUGAACACGUUGGCCCCAUACAUCCUGGCGUGUCUGAUGGACAAGCCCGUGUCCCGCAUCCUCUUUAUGAGCUCAGAUAGUCACUAUGGCGGUGAUGAGUCUCUCCGUGGCGACAUCACUCGCUCCCACUCCUACUCUGAUAGCAAACUUCACGACACCAUGCUCUCCAAGGCGUUUGCCCGUCGCUGGUCGUCCGAUGGCAUCCAGUCCGUCAGCAUGCACCCGGGAUGGGUGAGGACCAAGAUGGGCGGCACAGCAGCCCCGGGGAAUGCGGACAAGUCAGCCCGCGCUCUGGCCAACUGGGCUGCCGGCAAAGACGCUCUCGCCAAACUACCCAGCGGCGCCUUCUUCACGACCAGUGGGGAGGGUUCGCCGCAUUCUGGCGCUGACAAUGUCGACAAGCAGGAGGAGUUAUUGGGUAUCUGCAAGAAAGUAUCUGGGUGCUCGAUCCCUGGAGAGUAA